GCCCCCGCGCGGUCCGCCGGGCUCCGACCUGGUUCUUGCAGAUCGGCCCAGCCAACACCCCAUAAUUCCGGAUUCCAUCCUCCACUGGGCUCGCCUCCCCUCCCCUCUCCUCUCUCUCCACGAAGCCAACAAACCAGCCGCAGCCCGCACCCCGCAGGGCAGCGAUGGCCGUGGCUUGCGCGUCGCUGGCGGGCGGGUGGGAGAUCGGUCCCGGGCUCGCGCUCGGGGCCCUGUUCACGGAGGCGGAGCUGGCGGUGGCGGACCAGCUCGUGCAGCUCAGCGGCAGCGGCGGAGGGGACGAGGCGGCAGAGUCGGAGUCGCCGCGGUCCGUGAACACGUGCGCGGGCGCCGCGGCGUGGGAGGAGCGGGAGGAGGAGGUGGUGGUGGUGGCCGGUGUCGGGAUCGGGACGAUGGAGCUGGAUAGGAGGGCGAGGAAGAGGUACCGCCUCCUGUCGGACGUCUACGCCGCCACGAGGCCGGUGAUGACGACCGGCGCCGACGCGGACGCGGGCAACGCCAGGAAGAGGAAGCGGGGUCACGAGCCGGAGGCGCCGGAGACCGGGACGACGACGAUCAGGUACGACGGAGAUCAGUGCUUCUAGACUUGAACUAGAAUCUAGAGGGAGGACGGAGGAGGAAGAUGAGGGUAGGACAGAUGGGAGGGAAGGGCUCUUGUGUAAUUAUCGAAGGUUAGUAGGGUCUGUUUUGCAAUGUCAGUCCUCUUGCUUUUCAAAGGAAAGAAGGCCACAACAAAGGGGGCCAGAACAAGACAAGAAAGCGAAGCUAGCUUGUACAGAAAGUUGCUCGUCGUGCUGCUGCUACGUUUUGAAUUCGAAUUUUGGAUCCGAACUGGGCCAGCAAGAUAUUUAUUUCCAGAUCACGAAUUGAAAGUCUUCCCCGGCCAAGUGCGCGCUGGUGCCCCUAUAGUAGUACCAUUGUGUGGUCUUGUGUGUGGCCGGCCGGCCUCCCAAUUUGAAUUUUCAAUCCCAUUUUUCCUGUC